ACUAGGGUUUCAAUUCGAUCACAGAAAGAGAGAGAUGGAGAUGGAGAUGGAUUGUUAUGACUGCGGCAUGAAAUUAUCGAAAUUGAACGCCGGGGAAUCAGAUACGAAGAAGCGCAUGGACAAGAUAGUUAGACAAGUGACGAAAUUGCAAGAGAAGAAACCUUCGACGAACAAGCACACGGCAAAAAUCAAUAUGAUUCUCGACCUCGUCAAUCUAUUGAAAGAGAAAGAGGAGGAAUCAGAGGAGGAUGAUAAACUCGAAUCGAUGAAGAAAUUGGAAGAGGAGAAGAAACUUGAAUUGAUGAAGAAAUCGGAAGAGGAGGUGAAGGAACUUGAAUCGAUGAAGGAGUUGGAGUUGGAAGAGGAGAAGAAAGUGGAAGCAAACGAGAUGCCAAAAUGGAUGGAGAUGAAGCUCACAGAGAUGUUAUCUCACAGUAGCAGGCCAAUGUAUGACCGAGAUUCCACCAUCCACACCUAUACUCCCCAAGUAGUGGAAAAGCUCAAAGGUUAUGCCAAACUGGCAAUUGAUGUGUUCAACCAACAACAGCCCAUCAAAUACACUGUGGUGGAUGUGGUCAAAUCAAUCAGGCGUUUAAUCAGUGGAUCUGUACUGGAUUUGACGUUUACCGCCAAGCCUGAUGAUGCUGAGGAUGCCAUAGUUUUCUAUGCAAAUAUUCGCCGAAGAGUCGGACGUCCAGUGAAAGUAACGUAUGUUGGAAUCGAAAAGUAACUAUGCUGCUACAGGUAAUGUUUCUCUGUCUAAGCUCCUAUGUAUGUUUCAUAAUUUCAUUGUCUUAUGUUGUUUUUGUUCUGAAUAAUAUGACCAACUUCUUAUGGUCUAAUUUGCUAUUAGUGGACAUGUUGAUGAGGACUGUAUGCGACAAUUUCAUUCUACUUAGCUUGAUUUGGGCUUAACAAAAAUUCCUUGCUCUAAUAUCUGGUAUUUUAAUGUAAUAGGGGCUCAUAAUUUCUCUUAUUUCUUUUUCUUAAACAAGAACAUGGACAUACAUAAUAAACUUUCUUU